AUGGACUCUCUCCCUGACAGUCAAAAACGCGGCGUCGCUGGACUCUGUGCGUGUCUCUUACCUGCCGUAACCGAUGGCUCGACCGACUUCCUGUGGUCCCGAACGUACCUGAAGAUCGUCGUCGAGCAGUUCCUGGGGCUCUCGAGGACCCAAACUGAAGCGUAUGUACCCAUUUUGAUGUCCAGACACCAGCGCGUGGCAGAAAAGACACACAACUCGUCACGUGCACCGGCGACGCUCGUCGACGACUUGGACCCGUCGCCUUUUCUGGCGCUUGUGGUACCUCCACGAGCCAUUGGGGACUCGACGCGACGUCGUCGAGACUGGCUACACCCAACGACGCUCGGAGUGUACCCAUUGAGAGCAACGAAGCCAUCGACGGAUUCAAACAGUGCAAGUGACGCGCUGGACGAGUCGCACGUGCGUUCGUUUCGGCUUCAACUGAUCAAGCAGCUGCUGUGGCUCACGAUCAAGAGCGUGGGCUACGAUGCUCGCGCGAGGACGCUACUGAGGCGACUCGUGCUUGCAAUGCACGUGCAAUGGAGGGACGUGACACAGGAAGAAGAGAGCAUUGGCCAGACGCUGUACGCCGAAGCUGCCGCUACGCUGCUCGACCAGAAAGCAGCACGAAAACCAAAAGGUUGGGACUGGAAACGCCAUGUGGCAAUUGGUGCCGCAACUGUGACUGGCGGUGCUUUGCUGGCAGUGACAGGCGGUCUCGCUGCGCCUGCAAUUGCAGCGAGCUUGACCGCGCUGGGAGGAGCAGGCGUGACGAUAGGCGCUGCAGUGGGCUCAGCGACAGGCGUCGCAGCAACGACAGUGCUCUUUGGGACAGCUGGCGCGGGAGUCCUGGGCAAGAAAGCCGAGACGAGGACGAAAAGCGUUCAUGACGUUGGAUUUGAUCUCGUGUCGGCAGGAGAUGGCAUGAAUGUGUACAUUUGUGUGUCGGGGUGGCUGGACGAUGACGACUUGCCGACGAGCGGGUUUCGUCGAGCGUGGGGGGAUAGUAGAGAGUACUCGCGUGCGCUAUGUCAACAACGAGACCGUGAGAAGGCGGACCAGGCGGACCAGGCGGAUCAACGGAUGGACGAGUGUUCAAGUCGAGAAGGCGAGCUGUUUCCUACCAUGCGUCGCACGUAUAGCAUCGACGCGAGCCAUAAGACCAAUGGCUCACCUGGAAUCGCUCACUUGUCGAAGUCGUCACACAUGGACAAAAAUGAGCGCGGCAGUGACUCGAUGCGUUUCAAUAACGACUCGGAUGCACGCUCUCGCAGUACGGCGAGCACAUCAGCAAGUAGUGCUAGCUCACCUGGGUGGGAGCGAGGAGCCAAGCACAAUCAGCUUCGCGCAUGGCGCUGGAAGGACCGGUUUCCUCACGGUGACCAGUACUGCCUCAUUUGGGAUGAAGAAGUGCUACGGCGGUUUGGUAAAUGCAUGCGCACGUUUGCGGCAGAGCAAGUUUCGACAUAUGCGACGACAGAGAUUGUCAAGUACACUGCAUUGGCAGCCCUGUUUGCUGCCGUGGCGAUUCCGCGAGCGAUUUUUCGACUGGCCGACAUCAUUGACAAUGCCUGGACAGUAACUAUGAACGCAGCGGACACUUCUGGUAAAUUGCUGGCGGAUGCGUUGCGUAAGCGGGAGCAAGGUUUGCGUCCCGUGACAUUGAUUGGGUACGGUAUGGGUGCCAGGCUGAUUUUCUCCUGCUUGAAAGAAUUGGCGAAAAAGGAUUCGAUUGACGAAUCGUGCGGGAUUGUAGAGAACGCUGUAUUGCUCGGAUCGCCUCUUCCUAUGGAUCGCGAUGAAUGGCUAAGUGCUCGUCGUAUAGUCUCCGGAAGAUUGAUCAAUGGGUACUCCGACAACGAUUGGAUGCUUGGUAUUAUGUUUCGUUACCACGGCUGGGCUCUGAACUCGGCGGGUAUCGCACCUCUUGACAUUGAUGGCGUUGAAGACGUGAACUUGUCCGACAUUAUUGGAGGGCAUUUGGAGUACAAGAGCAAGAUCGGUGUCAUAAUGGAUCGACUGCGGCUGGAAGAUUAA